AUGUUAAGCAAUGGUCGUAAAUAUAUUAUACCAUGCCAAAGUCGAUUUUCUCGUCAAUCGAUGGACGAAAUUGCUAAAAGAGAAUAUGAGGCAAUAUCGAAUACGACUAAAAAAAGUCUUGAUAGUAAUCAAAUGUCAAUUACUGAUGAACGAGCAAAACAAGCUUUUCCAAAAUUAGAACAAAUUAUUAAUGAUAUAUAUUCAAAACCAUUACCAUCAAAAUUAUAUAGACGUGCUCGACGUGAACAAAGAACAGUCAAACGUCUUCAAAAAUUGCUGCAUACCCGACCUGAUAUUAUUGUACGUCGAGUAGAUAAAGGCGAAGGAUUUUAUUUUGGUAAUACGGCUGAAAUGGAAUAUAAAACAGAACAAUAUAUGAAUAAAACAGAAGCUUAUCAAGAAGUAACUACAGAUCGUUGUCCUCUAGUCCAUAUUUUACGUUCAACAGAAGCUGUACUCGAUUAUUUGGUCAAGAAAAAAGCAAUUACAAAAACUCAACGUGAUAAACUUCUACCUAAAGUAGACAAUAUGGAAUUAGCUUAUUUAUAUAUAUUACCUAAAGUACACAAGCCUGGCAUACCAAUACGGCCCAUUGUUUCUGGACUACAUGCUCCUGUCACUUUAGUUUCAAAAUUUUUAAAUAAUCUGUUAGCACCAAUAUAUUCACAGGUUGCUCAUGAAACUACAUUUACUAAUAGUAUUGAUGUCGUUCGAAAAUUAGAACAAUAUGUGGCCAAUGGUUAUUUGAAACCCACGACAAAAUUUAUUACAGCAGAUGUUGAAAAUCUUUAUACCAUGAUACCACGUGAAGGUGGCAUCAAUGCAUUAAUAAGAUUUCUAGAUAAAUAUGCCAUAUAUCAUAAGAUAGGUCCAUUUACAAUAGAUAUGAUUUUGAAAAUGGCUCGGCUAAUUUUGGAUACAAAUUAUUUUGUAUAUAAAAACAAAUAUUAUCAACAAAAACGUGGUGGAGCUAUGGGAUCAGCAUUUACACAAGUUUUUGCCAAUAUUUAUAUGUUAGAAUGGGAACAAGAUUUAAUAAAAUAUCAAGCAUCGAAACAUGAAAUCUAUGGACGAUACAUCGACGAUAUUUUUAUGACAACGAAUAUAUCAUUUGGUGAAAUUACAAAAGAACUCGAAAAAGCCCAACAGAAAGAUUUGAAUAUUAAAAUAAUUCCUACUAUACAAAAAUCUGUUCAAUUUCUCGAAAUUACUAUCACGAACGACAAUGGGAAAUUAAAAACCUCGAUAUAUCAUAAACCAAGUGCCGAUCCAUAUUACUUACCAUAUACAUCAGAUCAUCCACAUCGCAUUCAUCGCAAUAUCCCAUAUAGUGCAUUAAUCCGUGCAGCACGUCUCUGCUCAAAUCUUCACGAUUUUCAUCUAGAGCGGCUACGUAUUGAUGUAUCUUUGUUAUUGAAUAAUUAUCCACCAAAAUUCAUUACGAAUCAAUUUCUUCGAUUCUUUCAAGUGAAUAAAGCUGAUCCACUAAUAAAAAGAUUCGAUGAACAAGUUUACCAGCAACUCCAUCGAAAACUACUUCAUCAACCAACAAAGCGUGAAAUCGAAAAGGAAGCUAUCAAAAAUAAUCCAAUAGUCCUUCUACCAGAUCUACAAAAGAAACCAUGGAACUCAAAGGUGAUGUACUUGCGAUAUUCCUUUGAAACCGGACCAAAUACGAUAUUUCCUCGUCAAUUUUUGAAUUGGUGGGCAAAACACUACCAAUAUCCUGGAUCACCUGCAAACCGCAUACAAAUUCGACUAAUUCCGAAAACCAAUCGUACACUACAAAAUUUUUUAAUCUACAAAAAGCCCACACAAGCGAUACUUAAAGGAAUACAGACAAACAAAUACUAGAAACACGCAAUGACUUUUCACUUUCUCAUUUUUAACUAUAACAUAAACUGAAUGAUCCCCACUUUGUUUCAAAAUAAAAAAUCAUCAUAAACUUAACCAUCAAUGACCACUAACUAUUCUAUAUCACAAACAAAAUAAACAAAUUUCUUCAAUUUUAGAUAAUCGAAUAAUGCAUCAAAACAAUUAUCCGACAUCAUCAAUUAACUAUGCAUGCCGAACACUAUACAUGUCGAAUACAUCUAUAACAUCCAUCAAGCGACCAGAACCAUUCUUCUCAGAUCUUUCUUUCCAAAAAUAAAUCUCUACCGCAUGACCAACACCUCAGAACUUAGACUCUCCAGCUCAUUCUAGCAGAGACCAAAAUCAUGAACAAGGCACAUACAGAGACUCUAAAUCUGACACAACAAAAAAAUUUCCUCCCUAUAUACCAAGAAUUACAACGAUUUUCUUCACUUCUUCCAAAAAUUAGGAGGCCUUUAAUUUACGUUAUUAAAGAAGUCUAAAGGCAUCUCACGAGUCCCUUGAGCAACCAAAAACAACUCGUGUCCAUCCUCAGCAUUCUUUUAAUAUUCUUUCCUGGUAACAGAUUUAAAGAACCAUUAUGAUUUUCUCAACUUCUUCAAAACUAUCGAGGCAUAGGAUUUAUCUAAUAAUAAUAUAAUUACAAAGAUACACACCGAGUCGCUUGAGAAAGGACGAAACUAGACGUGUCGAUCCCCACAAUUCUAUCAACUUUCUAUUCUUCUUAUUUAAUUACGAUUUGAGUUUUAACUUCCUCAUAUAUAUUUGAGC